CAUAGCGCGCGCACGCUCCGAAAAGGCGGCAGAAAAGAAAAUGGCGCUCCCUGUCUUACAUUUAUUCGCGGGAAUUUUAUAUUUCUAUGCUUUGUGGUACGAUCAAAAAUAUGUGGAAGUUAAUUACGUGGAUGGAUUAGAUGGUUAUCCUUUUAAAAACCGAGUUCUUCUAUUAACAAUCUGGACACUGGCACUACAAGCACUGUACAUGACCACGGCAUUUCUCAAUGACGUCAUCGGCACCAAUGAAGUAUCUCCCAGAAAACCACCAGCAAUAAGACAAAUCAAGGACAUCAUAUUUGGUUUAGCAUAUCCCUCAGCUAUUUACGUGUCCAUAGCAUUUUGGGGCAUAUACCAUGUGCAGAAAGACCUAAUAUACCCUGAACAUAUAGAAAGGGCUUAUCCCCCUUGGUUAAACCACGUAAUGCAUACAAUUACUGCUGUACUCAUGAAUAUAGAGAUGUUUACAGCCAAUAUAGACUAUCCAUCAAAGACAAUCAACCUUUUAAUAGGGCAAGUGUACAUCAUUUCGUAUCUAAUUUGGAUAUUUAUUGUUUUUGCCCAAACUGGCCUAUGGCCUUAUGCAGUGCUCAUUCACGUGAAUUGGCCAACGAGAUUAGUUAUAAUGUUCGGAAGUUUUAUUUUAGGUAAUGUCUUUAAUGUAUUUGGUUGGACACUAAACAGAAAGCUAGCAUGUAAAGCAAAAAGUGCGUAGAUUUUGACUAGAAAGAAUUAGGGUAAUUUUGGGUAAUUUUGUGUUUAAAAAAUAUUUUUAAACAUUUUUAAAAUUUAACUAACUAGUUCUUCCGCAGAGGUGUUUUUCAUAUUCACUUAGUACCUACAAUAAAAGCAGUAAGUAUCCAUUAUCCAUAACUUUUACCAAAAAUACCAAAAUAAUGUUUAUAAAGAUAAGGUAGAUAACUUUAAUGUGAAUAAAACAGUUUUUUUAGCUUAA